AACGACUGACGUCUAUGUGCUGCGCGGUGAAGCUAUGAGUUAGCUAAGCUAACGGUCGAAAACUCGGGUUUCGGGUCGUGAACUGUAUUAAAUCUUUAGUUCAUUUUAAAAUCUACCUCAGCAUUUUUGUAGCAUCUUUGUAAAAACUGAACGUUUACUUCUCUUUUCCCUUGGGUUGACAUCGUGCCAGGCAGCGACAGAAAAACAACAUCGAGGAAUUUCUGGGGAAGAAAAACAUGACAACUCUUACAAGGCAAGACCUAAAUUUUGGACAAGUGGUUGCUGACAUCCUGUGUGAGUUCCUGGAGGUCGCUAUUCAUCUCAUCCUGUAUGUCCGUGAAGUUUAUCCCUCUGGAAUAUUUCAAAAGAAAAAGAAAUACAACGUACCUGUGCAGAUGUCAUGUCACCCAGAGCUGAAUCAGUAUAUCCAGGAUACACUACACUGUGUAAAGCCGCUCAUUGAGAAGAAUGAUGCAGAGAAGGUGGUGGUGGUCAUCAUGGACAAAGAGCAUCAUCCAGUAGAGAGAUUUGUGUUUGAGAUUUCCCAACCUCCACUGCUGUCCAUCAGCUCCGACACAUUGCUGUCACAUGUGGAGCAGCUGUUGAGGGCGUUCAUCCUGAAGAUCAGUGUGUGUGAUGCUGUUUUAAAUAAUAACCCACCAGGGUGUUCGUUUACAGUAUUAGUACAUACCAGAGACGCCGCCACACGCAACAUGGAGAAGGUCCAGGUCAUCAAGGAUUUCCCAUGGAUAGUUGCUGAUGAGCAGGAAGUCCACAUGCAGGAGCCCAGACUCAUCCCACUGAAGACCAUGACGUCUGACAUAGUGAAAAUGCAGCUCUAUGUGGAAGAGAGAGCCCAGAAAACAUAACACCCCCCCUGCAGGAAGUCUGCAACAACGCUGAAUCAUGAUCGAAGUACAAAAUGCAGCCUGCCAGAGCCGCAACAGUCAGAAAGAAAGAUGAGUUUUACUGAACACAUGAGAUUAUAAAGAGUGAGAUGUUCCUCGUGGAAUCUGUUUGUGAGGUUCUUACUGUGCAUGAUGCUGCAGUUUGGGCUGGACUGUUUCAUCUGGCUGACACUUGUUGUCUGCCUAUGGUUUAAACACAUCCCGUACACAUAUACAAUGAAUAUGGUUCUAUUUUUAUUGCCAUGUAUUGUGCUUUAUUGUUUUCAAUGCAGAUCUUUAGAGUAACAUGAUCAUCAAAAUCGUAAUGUAGUUGUUGCACUGUGACAAUAAAAUUACAGGUGAAACAGAAAAGUAAAUCCUUUUUAACAAUAUAUAAUAUGAACCACCAGCAGCUUCAGUCAACAGACGGCUUGUGACAGUUUAACUGAAUUUACUGUAAAAAUAUUCCCUCGCUCUGUUUGAAGGAUGGUCUCUGAGCCAUAGCCGUUCUGUGCAUGGUGUCUCCAGUAACCAUUGGUAAUGUUUCCUCCCACUGUUAUGUGACAAAUGCAAAGUUGUUAUUUGCAUUUGAUUAUUACUGCUGGUAACAUUGUGAAUUAACAUGUAAAAAAAGUUAUUAAAUUGUCAUAAAACUUUUUUAAAGCAACA